AUGGAGAAGGUUCCGCUGUUCAUGACCAAGUCGCCAGACCACAUUGACCCGGACGCGAGCCCCGCACUCGCUGCAUUGGCAGCCAUCAUCCACGAGGAAACAACGCCCGAUGACAAGGUCGAGUACUACAAGGAGCAAGGAAACGCACUCUACAAGAAGGCCACGCGCGACGAGCUCAAGAAAGCUGUCAUCAUGUACUCGGAAGGGUUGAGCGUGCCGGAUGCUGUCAACAUGCAGCUUCGUGCAACAAUGUACCUCAACCGUGCAGCGGCCAAUAUUCAGCUUGGCAACAACCGCGCAGCACUUGCAGACACGACGCUCGCCAAAAAGACAGACCCGGCCAACAUCAAGACAUACGCUCGAGCAGCAAAGGCGUGCCUGGCGCUGGGACAGCACACGGAAGGCAUCCAGUGGUGCGACGAAGGCUUGGCGCUCGACGCGACCAACAAGCCCAUCCAGGAGGAACGGGUCAAGCUGGUCAAGGCACAGGGCGAAGCCCAGCGAAAACAGCGCAUGGAGGCAAAGCGCUUGCGCGAGGUUGCUGCACAGGAGACGCGGAUACACGCUGCCAUUCUCAACCGCAACAUCAAAAUGAAGGCGCAUCCCAUGCACGAAGAGGAAGAGCAGAAGGCUGCCGCAGAAGCUGCGGCAAGCGGGGCAUCCGCAUCAGACCCUUCGCCUGUGGCCUCGAUCGCCAACGAUGCCAACAACAAGGGCACCGCCCAGGCGGUCAAGCUCUUCCGACUGGAGAAUCCGUCAGGCGUCAAACCGACGCUCAACGAAGAUGGCUCGCUGUGCUGGCCCGUCUUCUUCUUGUAUCCAGAGUACGAGCAGAGCGAGCUCGUGUCCAGCUUCCACGAACAAGCAACCAUUGGCGAGCAAAUGGAGAACAUGUUCCCUGACGACGCCCCUCCUGCUCCCUGGGACAGCAACAAGUUUUACACGCGCCACGAUGCUCUCGAAGUGUUCUUUGAGGAGCAGUUGCCCGCAAACGCCAAGUCCGGCACCAUUCCCAAGCUCGUCCGCGUCUCCAAGUCCAAGCCAUUACUGCAGGUGCUUGCCGACCCGCGCUACGUUGUUAUUGGCGGAACACCCACAUUCGUGGUGCUCAGCAGUCAAUCUCCCUUCCGCGCCAAGUAUCUCUCCCGCACCAAGUAG